AGACCCCCUUGCGAGGUCGGAAUCAUAGCAUCGUUUUGGUGCCGAUUCGUGUCUCGUACCGGAAGAUUGCCGCCAACCCAUGCAUUAGGCACGCCUAUCUUUGGAGCACAGCCGUAUUCUUUUGCAAGCAGCCGUUAGAUCUACCGUGGAGCGAGCUCUGAUUAGGCCAUGGACUCGUCACGCUCGUGAUGACGCUGCAGCAAUGUCGUGGCGUGCUCUAAAUUGGCAAUGUUUCUUACUGCUAAGAUGGAAAGCGACGUCUAUAUAAGGGCCGGAUGCUUGCCCCCUUUUCAAAUACUAUCCUGUACUCCCAGGCUCAGCACAACCUACAGUCCAAGCACCAAAAUCUACAUACACGUUCGCCAUGUCUCACACCGAGCUGACCAGCCGAGAGGAGUACGAGGCGGCCAUCGCCAAGGACGACAAGUACGUCCUCAUCUUCGCUUACGUGGACGAGGUUCACCCAAAAGCUGAGGAGCGAGCGCAGAAGCACGCGGGCACCACUCACAACUACAAGGUCGACAUCUCGAAGAACGAGUCUGCUGCAAAGGGGCUGGGCCUCACCCCCGCCGACGCUCCGGCCGUCGUGAUCUACAAGGCCGGCAAGGAGGUCAAGCGAUUCAAGAACGUCAACGCUGAGAUCGCGGAGGAGAUUGGCGCUUUCCUAGGCACGUAGGACACCGACGUGAAAGGGCAUCUGCCGGAGCCGGUGAACUGACAGCAACCUCCGUCUCGGGCCGACACGACCGUAGAGAAGCCAAAAUAAAAGAAUGAAAAAAAAGCAACCUAGUCUCCGCAGAA